CAUCCUAAAGAAAACAAGAAACUGCACCUCAAUAAUAUGUAUCUAUGUAUGAAUAUGAAUAAGUUCCAUUAAGGAACAUCAUCAUCAUACUAUUUCCCGCCUACGUGACCGGCAUAAAUAACAAACACGCCUAAAGCAUAGUAAAUUACAAAAGCUGGCAUGCAUACCACACUAUUACAGAUUUAUUUUAGAAGUUUUAAUAUUGGACCGUUUCCAAUUUUUGUACCAAUGUCCUUCCUCAUUAGCAGUGGCAAAAAGUCAUCUUAUUGUCUCUGGUAAUUAAUAUUGAGUUUCAUAAAAUAAGAUGCCAGAACUGACGGUGACAUCGGAGAUAUAUGAGGAGUAUGAUUAUAAAACUAAAAUAUCACCCAGCACUGAAGGAAAUGUGAUAUCAGAGUUUCCAUUCCUGUUGCCUAAAGCUGGAAGCAGCGCCACUUAUGAUGAGGAUGAUGACCUCGACAUCGAGAGGCCACAAAAAGAAGUUAUUAAAAUUGAACACAGUUCCAAAACUAAAAUCGCGCUAGUAGGCCUACAGGUAUGGCGGGGCGCGUUCCUCCUCGGUGAUUGGUUGAUACACCUCGGUCUGAAAGGGGAACUGACCAAUCGGAGCGUGUUGGAGCUCGGCGCGGGAACUGGACUCACUAGCUUUGUCGCCGCUUUGUAUGCUAAGAAAGUUAUUUGCACAGAUAUCAACAUGGGCGGUAUACUAGACCUAAUUAAACUAAAUGCGAAGUAUAACAAGAAGUUAAUAAAGUCACAAUUCAAAGUAAUGCCGCUGGACUUCACUGACACCGCGUGGAGCUCCUCCUUGUUGACCGAAGUCAAACAGGCGAGCAUCAUUCUUGCUGCUGAUGUAAUAUACGACGACGAUUUAACAGCAGCCUUCGUUUCAACUAUACAGAAGAUAUUAAACACUGAGCCACCCAAAACGUUAUACAUGGUGCUCGAAAAACGGUACGUGUUCACGAUAGAGCACCUCGACUCCGUGGCGCCCUGUUACGAGACAUUCCUCACUCUGCUAGACAAAGUCAAGACAGAAAACGCACAUUCCACAUGGAACAUACAACAACUACCUCUAGACUUCCCCAAGUAUUUCACCUACGACCGUGUCAAAGAUCUCGUUCUAUGGAAAAUCUCAUCUACACCUAAUUAAAUUAAAGCUAAAAGACAAUAAAUAUUAUUUUAUAA